AUGGUGCAAUGUUGGUGGUGCGUCGCGUGGGCAGUGAGUAGCGCCGCCGCCGCCGACUACGGCGUCUGCUGGACGCGCAACGGCGUCGUGUCGCUGAACGCGACGGCGCUCGAGGGCAAGCUCGCGGGCGUCUGGCUGUCGGCGACGCUCCUGCGCCGCGGCGACCCGGCGCUGCGCACCUGCCUCGUCACGGACGCGCCGGCGGCGCUCGCGCGGCGGGCGCUCGACGCGACGAGCGCGCGCGCCGGCGAGGCGCCGGGCCUCAUCGGCCUCGUCGUGGCCGCGCGCGCGUGGUCCGUCAGGAGCGGCCGCGGCGGCCGCCACGACGACGCGCGCUGGGCCUCGGCCCGGAGCGCCCUCAGCCGCGUGGCGCCGAGCGACGCCCUCGCGCGCUUCGAGAGCCGCGCGGCGCGGCUCCUGUCCUUCCUCGCGCCGCCGUUCGACACGACGCUCUUCGUCGACGACGACACGGCCUUUUGCGGCGCCGGCGUCGGCGCGUUCCUCGGCGCGCUCCACGCGUCCGAGGACCUGCGGCGCGUCGACGUCUUCCUCACGAAGGAGAAGGAGACGCACGGCGACGCGCGCGGGCCCGAGCGCGCGCUGGGCGCGUCGCCGCGGUGCGCGCCGGCGUGCUCGCGGACCACCGCCGCGGCCAUGGCGCCGCGCGACGCCGCGGCCUGCGUCGUCUGCCGCAUGGCCGCGGCGAUGACCCCGGGCCGCGGCGCCUGCCCGGGCCUCGACGCGCAGGCGGGUGCCAUGGUCGCGCGGCGGACGAACGGGACGCGCGCGUUCGUCGGCGACUGGCUCGACGGGUUCCUCAAGUACCACCUCUACCACCCGGGCUGGCACGGCGACGCCAUCGACCCGUCGACGAAGCACCCGGACCGCGUCGCGGGCCGCGAGUUCGGGAGGGACCAGCCGCCGCUCGACAAGCUCCUCGCGGCCGCGUGCGCGGCGGGCGCCGCCCGCCGCGCCUGGACGCUCGGCAAGCUGCCGGCGGCCCUGAACGUGCGCAAGGCGAACGCGCAGCCCGUGCUCGUCUGGGGCAAGCACGUGACGCUCCACACGAAGCAGCUCACGACGAACGCGCGGCCCGUCGAGUCGCGCGGCCUAUCGCUCGCCGCCGACGCGUGCCGCGUCGCCACGGCCGACGCGGCCUGGCGGCUCCUGGCCAUGCCCGAGUCGACGGCGUCGCGGAACCUCGCCCAGCUGCCCUGCACGGCGACGGCGGACGGGCUCCUCGGCGCCGCGCCCUACGGGACCGCGGAGAAGGGCGCGCGCCUCGUCUGGAACAUGGCGGCCGAGGUCGCGGACCUGCUCCGGGAGCGGCGGGGCGGGCGAUGCGUCUGGGACGGCACGAACCCGGUCAAGGUCGCGAGCGUCAAGGCCGCCUUCGCCAAGAGCUUCGGCGCGGCCGUCGUCACGUCGAGCCACGACGUCGCCAGCGGCGUGAGCGACCAGCCCUACGGCGACCUGGAGACGCGCACGGGCGCCCUCGAGCGCGCGGCCGCCGCGCUCCGCGCGGACGCGGACGCGGACUACGCCGUGGGCCUCGAGGGCGGCGUCGUCGACGCGGCGCAGGGCGGCCUCGAGUCCGUCGCGUGGAUGGCCGUGACGCGGCGCCGCGACGGCCGCCGCAACGUCGCGCGGACGGCGUCGUUCCUGCUGCCGCCGCGCGUGACGCGGCUGCUCCGCGGCGAGGAGCCCGGCUACGACAAGAUGGAACUGGGCGACGCGGACGACGUCGUCUUCUCGGACGUGGGCAGCAAGCGCAAGGGCGGCGCCAUCGCCAAGGUCACGCACGGCGCGCUCGACCGGAGCGGCUACUACGAGCACGCGCUGAUCUGCGCGCUCGUGCCCUUCCUCCACGACGCGACGGGACUCUACGACGACGCGGAGCCGGCGACGGUGCGCAAGAAGCGGCGCUCGUCGGCGGCGGCGUCGCCGGCGAAGAAGCCGAAGCGGGAGGCCUACGUCGCCGCGAGCGCCUGGCCCGAGGUCGGCGAGCCGUGCCGCUUCCUCUCGGGCAGCACGUGGUUCGACGGCUUCGUCGUCGAGCGCAACGCGGAAGGCGGCGUCGACAUGAAGUUCGCCGACAAGAAGUACAAGGGCUACCGCGAGCGCUACGUCGCCAGCGACGACCCCGCGGACUUCAUCCGCGUCAAGGGCGCGUGCCUCUCGCCCACGCCCCACCUCGGGCCCAAGUCCGACGACGAGUGCGACGACGAGGACCAGGCCGCCGCCGCGCCGGCCGCGGCCGACGACGGGAAGUGCGCCGUGAUCAAGGACGCGGACCACGCCAGCGGCGUCGGCCGCUGCGGCGCCAUGGUGAAGGUCAGCCCGACGUGGGUCUUCAUGGUCGUCGCCUUCGCGGCGCUGGUCGUCGUGCACCACAGCAACACGCACGUGGGCCUCCUCGACGCGCGCGAGCGGCGCCACGCCGAGGAGGUGAAGCGGCUGCGCGCCAUGAUCGACCACGCGCAGCGCAGCGCGGACGCCGGCGGCGCGCCGGUCGCACCCGCGGACGCGCCGCCGCCGGCGCCGGCCGCCGCGGGCGACGCGGCCGCGCGGUGCGCGACGGCCGCGCCCGGCGCGCGCAAGGCCUGGCUCGCGGUCGGCCUGCCGACGGUGCCGCGGGCCGACGACGCCGACUACCUGCUCCAGACGCUCGCGUCCUUCGCCGCGGAGGUGCCGCGCGACGCGUCGGACCCGGCCCACGGGUCCGUCGUCGUCUUCGUCGUCAACACGCACGGCCCGGGCCACAAGAGAUUCGACGAGGCGUCGCGGCUCUACGAGCGCGACGCGCAGUUCCGCUUCAGCGCGGCCGCGGAGGCCGCGCCGCCCAACGAGAAGCGCGACAGCGGCAGCGCGAACCGGCCGGGCUGGCGCGUGCGGAAGCAGACGCGCGACAUCGUGAGCGUGCUGCGCGCCGCGGAGGGCGCCGCGGCCUACUUCCUCUUCGCCGAGGACGACAUGAAGCUCUGCGGCCACGGCCUCUUCGCCGCCGAGUACGUCGUGCGGCGCGCGGAGCGCGCCUACCCGAACUUCAUGGCCGCGCGGCGGCCCCCGGACCACCUCGUCGUCGAGUGGUUCGCCGGCGAGACGGAGGAGAGCCGGGGCUACCGCGGCGACCGCCAGCAUUUGGGGUUCCGGUGGAACUUCUUCGACCACAUCGGCGCGCGGUCGACGCUGAGGGCGCAGACGAGCGGCAAGAUGCCGGCGUGCUACGAGGAGCUCCUGGCGCCCGUCGUCUUCCCCGUGGAGGCCUACCACCCGAAGCGGUGCCCGAACCACGACUUCACGCCCUGCGGCAACCUCCGCACGCCCGCGCUCGACUUCGGCGCGAUGCGCCGCUUCCGCGCGCGGUGA